UUUCAGAGGGAGUUCGUCGAAGCCUUGUGUAUUUCUGAGACAUCGGCUAGCAGCCUGUUGGAAUCAUGGACACUGCUGGAAAGAUUAUUAAGUGCAAAGCAGCAGUUGCCUGGGAGCCGAACAAACCAUUAUCAAUUGAAGAGAUUGAAGUAGCUCCUCCCCAAGCCCAUGAAGUCCGUAUCAAGGUUGUUGCCACUGGAGUGUGUCACACUGACCUCUACUUCCUGUAUGAGGGCAACCAAAAAGAGGGCUUCCCGACAGUUCUGGGUCAUGAAGGAGCUGGAAUUGUGGAAAGCGUGGGCCCAGGAGUGACCAAGUUCAAAGCAGGUGACAAAGUCAUCCCUCUGUUUGUUUCCCAGUGUGGAAAAUGCAAGUUUUGCGUGAAUCCCAAAACCAACCUUUGUGAGAAUAGCUGGUCGAAUGAGAGGUACCAGGUGAUGUCUGACCCCACCACCAGGUUCUCCUGUAAGGGGAAGCCCAUCCUCCAGUUCAUGGGUACCAGCACCUUCUCUGAGUACACGGUGGUGAAGGACAUUGCUGUCGCCAAGAUUCAUAACUCUGCCCCCCUGGACAAGGUGUGCCUGCUGGGCUGUGGCAUCUCCACUGGGUAUGGAGCAGCCCUCAACACCGCCAAGGUAGAGCCCGGCUCCAGCUGUGCGGUGUUCGGCCUGGGAGCUGUGGGUCUGGCUGCUGUGAUGGGCUGUAAGGCUGCCGGAGCCUCUCGGAUCAUUGCAGUCGACAUCAACAAGGACAAGUUUGAGAAGGCCAAGGUGUUCGGCGCCACUGAGUUUGUCAACCCUAAGGACCACAGCAAACCCAUCCAGGAGGUCCUGGCUGAGAUGACCAAAGGAGGAGUGGACUUCUCCUUCGAGUGUGUUGGGAACGUCUCUGUCAUGAGAAGUGCCCUUGAGUCUUGUGUAAAAGGCUGGGGGGUCAGUGUCCUUGUGGGGUGGACAGACAAACAUGACUUUUCUGCUCGGCCGAUACAGCUGAUAUCUGGGCGCACUUGGAAGGGGACAUUUUUUGGAGGCUGGAAGAGUGUGGAGAGCGUGCCCAAGCUGGUGGAGGAUUACAUGGCAAAGAGAAUGAAGCUGGACGAGUUUGUGAGCCACAAUAUGCCCUUGGACAGAGUGAAUGAAGCCUUUGACCUCAUGACCAGUGGGAAAAGCAUUCGCACAGUUUUGAACAUGUAAAGAAGAGGCAAGAAAAGCUUUUUCUCCACAUCCUAAUAUUCCAAUACUCUAAUGAUUUCACUUUUUGUAAGCAUGCUCAAAGUUCCUUCUCAUGACUCAAUUGAUUCUGUAAUUUUUCACUUUUACUAAUAGUCCUUGAAUAAAUUACCUAUCAAAUCA